AUGGCUCUGAUCCACAGUCCUUACAAUCACUCAAUCACCUCCCACCCUAGCCAAUUUUACUGGUCUUUUUCGCAGGACAUGGACGAUCAAGCACUAAUCAGCAGUGAAAGUCUAGACAGAGCUUCACCGGAACUUUGGCCUGAACAAAGUAUUUUUCAUCCUUUUAUCCUUUACUUUCGUAAUAUCCCAGGUGUUUCAGAAUUCAUUUCAACCCGUCAGCCUGAUUUGAAUAUUCAGACGCCUGCCAAGUACACCACAGAUUUAGAUAAGGAAGACCUUGAACUUAUUCAUGGUAUUGAAAAUUUUGAUGAUUUUGGCAGUUUGUCCACCCAACAACUAAUGGAUAAAAUCAAACAGUUGCAAAAUCUUGCCUAUCAAGUUGGUCUCGAAGAGUCUAAGGAAAUGAGCCGAGGAAAAUUUUUGAACAUUUUGGGGAAACGUUAG